AUGAAAACCCUCUUUCUUCUGCUCUUAGUUGGAUGUUAUAGAUUGAAUAGUGAGAAGCAAGAAAAGAAAUCACUGUCAAUCCUCCUUUCUGCAAUCCCUGCCCCUGGUCACUACUUGAAUUUUAUAAUUUUGGGAAAUGCAUUGAAAGAACAAGGUCACAAUGUCACCCUUCUUAUGCUUCAGUUCAAAGAUUAUAACAAACCAAAGGAGCUCUGUGAGGAACGUGGACUUUACUACAUUCCUAUACCAGUUAAUGUUAGUUAUCAUGAUUUUAAAGCAAAAGUCAAUAACAAUGAUUUAAAAAGCUUUGUGCAAGUUUUAUCAGGUACGUUAUAUAGUUUUUUUUCCUCGAUGAGCUCUUUCAUUUCAAAUGAACUGGAUACCUCUGAAAUAGACAUUGUUGUCACUCAAGAAUUUUUGAUGGGAAGUUUUCUUUGCACAAUGAAUGAGGAUCUACCAAUUAUUUUUGUGUCAGCAAGUGUUCUUAUUGAUCCUUCUCUGCUACCAUCAUGGCCUUUUCCACAUAUAGCAUUUUCUUCCAUUACUCAUGACACAUCCAUUACAGAUCGUUUUAUGAUAACAGCUGCUAGGAAUUUUCUAUUAGCACCAAUCCAAAAAUUAAUUGUUUGGUAUAUGUCUUCAUAUAAUCCAGAAUGCUGGGAGAGGAAAUAUAACUAUUACUUACCUCCAGGCCAUGCUGCUCCUUAUAUUGCAGCAACAGUUAUUGGGUUUGAGUAUCCAAGAACAAAUCUUCCAUUAGUUGAUUAUGUAGGUCCUUUUAUUCCAAACACACUUGAUCCUCUACCAUCCGAUAUUGAUUUGUGGCUGAAGAGUAAAAAAGAAAACAGUGUAGUGUACAUUUCAAUGGGUAGCAUUCUCACUGGAUCUCAGAAAUUUGCGGAAGCACUUUACAAUGGCAUACCUAGUAACUAUUCAGUUUUGUGGUCUGCUACUAAUAAAACCAUUCUAAAAGGCAUUGAAAAUGAACUAAAUAAUAAUCGUUUCCUCAUUAAGAGCUGGAUACCACAGAUUAGUGCAUUGAAUCAUUCAUCAAUAUCAUUAGCUAUUCUUCAUGGAGGAGCAGGAGGAGUACACCAAGCACUCUAUUUUGGAAUACCAAUAAUUGUCAUUCCAUUGAGCCCUGGAGAUCAAUCAAGUAAU